AUGGACCUUUGUAUAUCAAUACUACUUUUCACGAUAUUGUCAAUACAAAAUGAAAGUAAUUUUGUAAAUUGUAGAGAAUUCACAAUUCUAGAUCGGAGAAACACUCACCAUAUAGAUAUCACAGACAAUGGAUUAGUCACAGUAAAUAUUAAGAAAUGCUGCACCGAUUCUAGACUUGUCUGUGAUUAUAAUCCAUCGGACGACAGCAGGACCUUCACACCCAACCAAGGAUACCUCAUAAACAAGGUUACCAAGAGUGACGCUGUUCUUUGGGAUGCUAAGGACUUCAACGAUAUAUAUAGCAAUAAAGUAGUUGUCGGAUUGAACGAAUACCACGAAAGAGUGUUUAGGGUGUAUUUUCCACCUAAACCACCCAAAAUACCGAUUAUUGAGCCACCAAAACCAGUAGAACCUGAGCCAACUAAACCCAUGUUAUUCACAUUGGACGUCAAGAUCAAAAGAAGCACUAAUGAGUUCUUAUACCAAUACGACGAACGACAUCUCACUCACACAUUCACUCCUAACAAGGGAUUCGCUAUUGACCGUGUCGUUAAAGGCAACCACCAAGUCUGGAAAUGUGAAAAUUGUGUUUACCCAGAGAGGGUACUGAUAAUACCUGAUCAAGAUGGAGAACCAGUUCUGAGAUUCAUGUUUCCUAACUCAGUGCCAACAGACGACUGGUCUAAUGAUACUAUCACAGAAACCACAAAAACCCCUACGACCUCAUCAAUAGCAGGAAUAGAAUCAGGAUCACCAAGUUUAGUAGAACCACCCAUUGCAGAACCUGAAGAUGGUGGACCGUCAACCACACCUCAGGAAUCCAGUCAAGGCGAAGAUGAUAGCGGUGAACCUAAAUAUGAUUAUCGCGAUGUUAGGUUAUAUGGACCGGACCCAUUUAUCCCCUUUAAAACAGUUAAAAUGGACCCUUCAACUUAUGAGGUCAUAAGCGCAGAAAAGCAUACCACGUUUAAGUUUAAAAAUAAUGCCAAGUGCACAUUAGUUACAUUUGACUACAGAAAAGUUUGGAAGAAUGGUGAAAAUCGUAUUACAAAUCCCAAAUUUGUAACUUAUUACGUCGACUGGCAUGAUAGAAUAGUAGUAGGUGACGGUAAAAAGGCAGUAUUCUAUCAAUUUGAAAAUUUUAAGUGGAAGCAUCUGUCAACGGUAGUUGGUAGAAGGGAUCGAAGACGUGAUGAGUUUCUAGUAAAACACGACGGGCAACUUUAUAAGUACAAACAAGUCUCUGAAAAGAAAUGGAAAUACGUUAAAGUGAAAGAUAGUAACUCUACGAUAAAUGGACAAACAAAACGGGCAUAUAGGCAUUAG